AUGGAUUCUAAAUCUAGCAAUAGCGAUGCUGCGGCUAUCAUGAUUGAGCAAAACAACACCUUCUUUCUGAAGUUUAAUCGACCAAACCAAAUGAAUGCUUGCAAUCUCGAGCUAUCGCAUGCCAUCCAAAGCACUGUUCUCAGAGCUCUUGCUGAAAAGAAAAACAUAGUAUUCUAUGGGGAAGGCCGAGCAUUCUGUGCAGGAGGGGAUAUUUUAGGAAUAUUGCAAGGGGAGAUAACGCCACAAGAGAUUUUUGGGGCUGAAGUCAAGACAUUUUAUAUGCUAUCCACAAUUCAAACACAUACUGUAGCCAUGAUGGAUGGGAUCACGAUGGGAGCUGGAGCUGGUCUUGCUUGGGCCUGUUCAAUCAGAGUUACAACUCCAAAAACAACGUGGGCUAUGCCAGAAUGCUCAAUAGGUUUCUGUCCUGACGCCGGAGCCUCAUAUUUAUUAAACAGAAUCCGCUUUCCUGAGCUUGGUUUAUACUUACAGUUAACAGGAGAAAGAAUUAAUGGUACUGAUUGUUAUCUCUUUGGGUUUUCACAUUAUUACAUUGAAGCUGAUAUGGAGACUGUCCGCAAAGAGAUAUUUGAAGGCGGAGACAUUAUAGCAGUAUUAGAAAAAUAUCACACUCAGCCAAACACAAAUAAAUCAACUAUUUUACCGGUAUUAAGAGAGUUGCGAGAGUGCUUUAAUACCAGUUAUAGUCUUGAAUUCAUCAUGCAUAAACUCAGAGAAAAAGGAACUGCGUGGAGCUUAAGGAUCUUGGAAAAACUUAACUCCCUGUGCCCAUUGUCGCUUAGAGUAGCCCAUGAAAGUUUCAGAAGAGGAAGACACAUUUCAUAUGCCCAAAGCCUGAUCAUGGAAUAUAACCUAGCUAUACAAAUGCUUGGGUACCGGCCAGAGAACUUUAAGGUAGCUGUGGAGCAUAAAAUGGUCAACAAGGGCAAGGGAAGAGCAAAUUGGGUUCCAUCCUCACUUGCUGAAAUUGGAGAGUCUACUAUUAUUCCUUAUUUUGCGAAUGAAGAAGGAAGACUAGAAGUACCAAAACUUUAG